CUUUGUUAUCUAUCAUUCGAAUAUCAUCAGAAUAAUAGAAAAAGAAUAACAGAUUUUAGACCAUAAUACACUGCACAGAUCUAUGGUGAAGAUACCAUCUAGGUUUAACAGUGGCCUGGUUCCCUAUUUGCUUGAUUUUGAAAUUUGAGGUGGGCAUUUCAGCAUAGGCUUGUAUAGGAAUAAACAAUUAAAAUGCUACUUAUCGUAGACUGUAGUCGUAGUAGUUGCUGAGUGAGUUGUUUUCUUGGGAAUCUACGCACAAAAAGGUGUUUAGAUCACUGUAUUAUAGGAUUAGUGUGAUAUCUUAAAGGAGAGAAUCAUGAAUGGACGUCACCCAACGGCGUGCCCAUUUCUUUUCAUCUGAUUGUACAUUCCUUUUUUCCUCUGACGCACAGCAAGACGGACGGACUGUUUGGUCUUCUCAUUUUGUUCGCCACUGGUGAAAAGCAAAGUGCAGGGGGAGUGAGUCGGGGGCUUUGUGCAUCAAAGAUGCUCUCUUUGGGAUGUGGGCACAUGGCAGGGGCAACAGUAAACUCACGGCCGUGCGCGAUAUCUGCGUGACAGCCGUUGAUUGUUGUUAUUUAUUGCACUGAGAUUCUGCAGGCUGCACUACUGUCUGGACUGUGCAGGCUUCUUUGUCAUUUGGAGCCAUAGGCCUCUGCUGGUUCAUAGCUUUAUUGACCAUAACCCUCAGUGAAUGGUACCCAUUACCUACUAGGGCCUUACAUUUAUAGAACUGCGCGCCCAGUUCUGGUUUCUGAAUACCCACAUUCUACAUAGCCGACCUUUUAGUGAUCUGACCAAUUAGUAUAAAAUUGCACACCUAUUUCAUGUUUUAGAAGACUCCCAUACCACAGAACUUUCAGGGUCCAGUACCCACAUCCUAUUUUUCAGUAGUCACAAGUCACAGGCCCAGAAUCAUAGAGCCAAUACAUGAACUGCAUUUCCCAAUUCAUGGUGUUGAAAGCCCAAAUGUCACAAACCCUUAGAAUCAAGCACCCGCCUCCAAUUCCUGAGCAUUCAGAUGCCAUUACAACGAUGUAAUCCAGAACCCAAUUGUUCCUUUUUCAGUAAUCGAUCCUUGGAUUCCUCAGAUGUAAGCACCCCAAUACAAUCGCUGUCCAACCCAGUUCGUGGUUGUAAUAACCACAUGCUAUAGAGCCUCAGAGCAGAGAACCCAAAAGGAGCAUUGCCAUGUUUCGCAGAGAAAUUUCUGCUGCAAUUACAGGCCGCUUGCGUAUGGUUAAAUUUUGGAUUGGCAUUAUUUUGAGCCUCUCUUCUGUUGUAUAUUCAGAUGAUCACAUAUGGAGUGCCAUACCAUUGGGAUCAAAGCUCUCUCCAAGCUCAAACAAUAUCUGGGUUUCUCGGCAGGGAACCUUUGCCAUGGGCUUUUAUCCUGCAUUGGAUCAAGUUGAUGCGUACAGUGUUGGGAUCUGGUUUCAUUCAAUACCAGCUGAAUCUCGGACUGUGAUCUGGACUGCAGGAGAGGGCCUCAAGGUAGGCCUUAACGCAAGCCUGGAGCUUGCCAUGGAUGGAGAUCUGGUUUUGUCUAAUCCUCAUGACGUUUCAGUCUGGAGAAGCAAUACUAGUAAUAGUGGUGUUGUUGGAGUAGUUUUGAGGGACAAUGGAAACCUUGUUUUUAGUGAUAAUAGCCAUAGGAUUGUCUGGGAAAGCUUUGAAACUCCUUCGGAUACUCUAGUUCCUGGACAGAGACUUCGUGUGGGGCGAAUGCUGAGGGCAGCUUCAAGGAAUUCAGUGGCCAGUUAUUACAGUCUAGCUAUGGAGAGCUCCGGUGAUCUUGCUCUGAAAUGGGAGAGCAGUUUGAGUUACUGGACUAGUAAGACAGGUUCUCUACCUUCUGCUUCCAAAUCCAUAGGGGCAAUUUUUGCAGGGAAUGGUAUUUUUGGGCUCUUUGAUGGAAGAGGGAAGAUGGUUUGGGCAAGAUACAGCAAUGAUUAUACAAACACCAAAGUGGUCCUAAGGUACUUGAGGCUAGAUGUGGAUGGCAAUCUCAGAAUGUAUUCAUGGAUUGAAAAGUCGAACUCUUGGAUACCAGGAUGGCAAGCUGUGCAGAAUCAAUGUGAUGUUUUUGCAACCUGUGGUGUUCAUGGCGUUUGCAGUUUCAAUUCUACUGGCCCUGUUUGUAAAUGCCCCUUUGAAAGUGGAGCCUAUUCUGACAUGGACUCGACUGUGCCAAGCAAAGGAUGCAGACACGUUCCACUUGGUGGUUGCACAGAAGGAGCCGCCAUGCUUAGUUUGAAGAGGACUGUUCUAUAUAAUAUAUAUCCUCCUCAUGAUAUAUAUACAAACACAAGCUCUGAGCAAUGCAAAGAGGAUUGCUUGAAUGAUGAUUCAUGUGUCGCAGCAACUGUUAUGAAUGAUGGGUCAGGAGUAUGUAGAUUAAAGAGAACAGAUUUCAUUAGUGGGUAUACUUAUGACUCUGUUCCUGCUAUGUCCUUCUUGAAGAUGUGUCUUGUUCCACAGGCAGUUUCAAAUCCUCAUAAAGUGAUCGAACAGCCUGCAUCAGUUAUGCCAUUUCCAUCUUCCUCUAACCAUUCAGGUGUUGCUUCCAAGGUAUGUAGAGUUUGCCUCAUGAGUGCAAGUUUGGGUACUGUUGGGGUAUUUCUGGCUAUAGAGUUUGGUAUCGGAUUGUAUUUCUAUAAGAGAAGAAAAAUCAGAAGAAAUGCAUCUGGUAGCAAGCAACCACUUCUAAAUCUAAGUUCAGGAGCCCUGACCAGGUUGUCUUAUUCUGAAAUAGAAGACUUGACUAAAAAUUUUGGGCAGAAGUUAAGUUCUUCCAUUUUCAAGGGAGUUCUUCCUGACAAGAGGACUGUGGUGAUCAAGCAGCUCAAUAUGGAGGUUGGAGAGAAGCAGUUUCGGAUGACAGUAUCAGUUCUAGGAAGUAUUCAUCAUAAGAAUUUGGUUUGUUUGCAAGGUUUCUGCUGCGAGUGUAAACAUAGAUUCCUUAUUUAUGAGCACAUCAGUAAUGGCUCUCUUGAUCAAUGGCUUUUUGAAGUAAAUAUGAAGCAAGCCAAACGCCUCACUUGGCAGAGGAGGCUAGGCAUUGCCACAUCAAUUGCUCGUGCCAUAGCUUAUCUGCACUCUGAAUGUAGGGAAUGCAUCUGCCAUGGUAACCUGAAGCUUGAAAAUGUCCUCCUGGAUGAUGAGUUCACUGCUAAGGUUUCAGACUUCGGUCUUGAGAAACUAAGAAUUAGUUCAAAACCCUAUGGCAACUCCAAGCAGGGCACUUCCAGCUCAGAUCCAACUCCAGAAAGGGAUGUUUUCUGUUUUGGGCAGAUGUUAAUGGAAAUUAUUAGUGGCAGGAGGAAUCCCCCUGGCACUGAAGAGGACAAACUCUGUAUGUGGGCAUAUAGAGAGUAUGAGAAGGGUCACAUGGAGAUCAUUCCAGACAGCAGGAUGGAAGGAAAUGUAGAAUGGAGUGAGGUAGAAAGAGCCAUUAGGAUUGCCUUUUGGUGCAUGCAUGAGCAGGAAUCCUUGAGGCCCUCCAUGAAUGAGGUAGCCAAGGUCCUGGAUGGAACCCUCCAAGUGGACCCCCCUCCUCCAAUAGCCUAUCAAGAAUCCCAUGCAGGUGCCUACUCCAAGCCUCAUGUGCGCAUGGAAAGGAACGGUGACAAAUCCUUAGAGCUGGCUAGCACUUCCAGUGGGGCUAUUCUUUCAGGGGAAUCACCCUCCGUGUAACCCUAAUUUUUGUAAUUUAUAAUCAUUGCAUUAGCUGGCCAAGGCGAAGCCUUCAAACAACUGUAAAGUUGGAGGAGGUCGGUAGACUGAUGAGACACUUGGAAGCAGCUUAACUAUGCAAUAGGCAAGGCCGAUUUAGUGGACUGAUAGCUAUCAGUACCACCGAGUUUGUCUCUGUUAUUCCUAUUGCUGGACAACUUUGCUGAUGUCUCCCUUUUUUGGCCAUACUUUUAGCUUGGUCCUUCCAUCUUGUUGGCAGCAACACCACCAAGAUUUGUGGGACACCCUUCUGUAUUAAAAAAUCAAGCCCCUGCUUUUUUAAGAUGGGCAGGGGACUGUGGACUCUUGAGAAAACAACAUAUGGAGGCGAGAGAGGAUUUUCUUUUCUUUCAAAAUCAUCUUUUUCUGUUAUUACAGUAUGAUAUGUAACAUUUCCUUCCUAAUGCCUAAGGAGGAUUUAUUUUCUUCUCCAAACAAUGUAUAUUGAUUAUCAAACAGAAUACAAUUUGAUUGAGUGUUUCAUACAA